AUGAGUGUUGGACCGGACUCUCGUAUCGAUACAAACCCCGAGCCCGACAGGAACAUGCACUCGCCGUCCUGGAAUUUCCCUAUACGCUUAUCCAUGAUACCGCCCUCCAUAACGGCAGUCAAUAGCACCCGCCAAGCACCCUCAUGUCUACCUUUCAAGCGGUUCACAAGUCCUGAUUCGAGUUUACAAAUGUUACAGCGCUACCUUGAUGUGCCGCAGAAUAGGAAACAUGGGGUGCCCGUAUCUCCCCGACUGGCAGCACCGACCUCGCUCUCGACUGGAGGAGACUGCGGUCACACACAGAGUCGAGAAAAGCCCUCCCUCGCAAAUUCACCACAGAGGCUGCUGUGGCUUAUCGGCCGUGCAGAGGCGGCUCGGCUAUGUGAUGUCUACGAACGUGAAAUAGGAACAAUCUAUCCUGUCGUUGAUAUGAGCGAAGUCAAGCAAAUUCUUGGUUCGUUGUAUAGCGCUUACGAAGCUGCAAACUAUUCGUCGACGUCACCUGUUCCUGUUGUUGAAGAACUCGAGGACGUGGCUGAUGGUGACGUUGAGACAUUGAAACUCGUUCUGGCGAUAGCACUGCUGGCGGAGGGUGGCGGUCGGCAUACAAUGGGAGAGGCCAUAUGCGAAGAGGUUCAACAGCAGCUGGUUUUCCCAAUGGGACGGUUAGGCGAGUUGAAAGACAUCGAGAAUAUGGCGCUGUUGGGCGUCUCUUUCUACCUUAUGAACGACGAGAAUCAAGCAUGGCGGAUGAUUGGGCUUGCUGCUCGUCUGUGUAUCGAGCUCGGUUUGCACCAGGCAAAUUCUUCGUACGAAAUCCAUCACAACUCCAAAGGUUCCAUAAGAGCACUAGCACUAUUCUGGGAUAUUUAUAUCCUUGACCGACGCUUUAGCCUCAGCACAGGCAGGCCGUUUGCUAUACAGGAUGCGGAUAUCGAUCCAGCCUUGCCGAAACCGGAUGAUUUAUCACCGUAUGUCCGUAGCAUGAUCGCCUUUGCAAGCAUGGGAUCUCGGGUACGGGCAUCACGCGUCUGCUUCGAAGGCAACGGUUCACAUUGCGAUUGGGAAGAAAUCGCCUACCUAGACUUCCAAAUCCAACACUGGAGCGACGCGCUUCCUUCAUCUUUAAGGCUAUUCAAGACUCAAUCAUGUUCCCUUGAGGACGAAAGCCUGGCCACAGCUAUCAACACACCUCUUGAUUUUGCCGCUAUAGAGGAACAGUCUUUGUUUCUUCGCGCACUGCUCCAUCUCCGCGCCAAUGAUUUGCGUAUCUUGAUCCACAGACCUGCCUUGCAUUCGUCUGAUUCAAUCCAGAAGAAUCCUCUGAGUGCGCGUACUGCCGUCAAUGUUGCACGUCGCUCGCUCAACUUGUUAUUGUACCUUUGUCGCCUGCCAACCCUUCAUCCCAUGCAUCACGUCUGCGCAACCCAUUUCCUAGCCUCUUCGCUUACCGUCUUGCUCCUUGCAGUCUCACACGCGCCAGAGGAUUUGGGUGCUGAAGUCCGUGAUCAGCUACUCUCCGCUCUCAGCUUCCUGGAAGACCUCAGUACGUCGACUACUCACUCAGAGAGUCUCUGGUAUACCGUCCGGAAUUAUCGAGACCCGGUAAAGAGACUCGGCGAAAUGCUUCAAGAGAACAUCAACAGCAAUCGGGCAACACCAGCAAAGGACGCAUUUACUUCGCCAAAGCAUAAUGAUGAAGGAUUUGCCACAUAUUCUGGCACAGGGGGCCUUCCAGUGUUUGACUGGGAUAUCACCGGGGGCCAAGCUUUGCCUGAAGAAUGGUUCAACGAGUUGCAAGAGCCCAGGGGAUAA